AUGAGGUGUGAGGUGAAGGUGUUUUCAGAGCUGCACUACACCAAUGAUGGAGUGUCAUAUGGAGAUGUUUGGUACCUGGAUAAUGGAGCAAGCAACCACAUGACUGGAGAUCGAGCAAAGUUCAGAGACAUUGACUCUAUUGUUUCUGGUAAGGUGACUUUUGGUGAUGGUUCAACGGUUGACAUUCAGGGUAGGGGUUCUAUUCUAUUCCAGGGUGUUUCUGGGGAUCAGUGGGUAUUGUAUGAUGUUUACUACAUACCUAAGCUUAAGAGUAAUCUAGUAAGCCUUGGUCAAUUAACUGAAAUUGGACAUAGAGUGCUUAUGGAUGAUGAUCUGAUAGAGGUAAUAGAAAAGAACCCUGAAAGAGUUUUAAUGAGAGUUCAGAGAACUGUGAACAGAUUAUACAAGAUAGAGCUGAAACCUAUUGAACCAGUUUGUUUUCUCACUCAUGUUAGUGAUCAAUCUUGGCUAUGGCAUGGCAGACUUGGGCAUGUUAAUUUUCAGUCUUUAAGAUUGUUAGCUGAAAAGGAGAUGGCAGGGGGGAUACCUCUGAUAGAACAUCCAGAUCAAGUUUGUCAAUCAUGUCUAGCUGCAAAACAGACUAGAUGUUCAUUCCCACAAACUUCUAGGUGGAGAGCAGAUGAACCACUUGAAUUGUUGCACAUUGAUCUGUGUGGGCCUAUUACCCCAGUGACAGUAGGAGGUAGCAGAUACUUUAUACUUAUAGUAGAUGACUGUACCAGGUGGAUGUCAGUUUCAGUCUUGAAAACAAAAGACCAAGCUGUUCAAGCUUUUGCCAAGUUUAGAGCAGAAGCAGAAAAUAGCUUGGGCCAGAAAGUGAAGUGUAAUGAAGUUUGGAAGUGGGAUACUGAACUUGGUGAAGGUUCAGAAUUUACUGUUGAAGAUGCUGUGGGAGAUACAGUACAUCAGUAUGGCGGUGGUGGUAUUGGUGGUGAUAACCAAGGUAACCAACCACAAAAUGAUUUAGGGGGAGCAACUGAUGGAGUGCAGGGAUCUGGUGGUGAAGGAAAUUCAGUUCAACCAAGUGAGGAUGCACAGCCUGACAUUGUUACUGAUCAGGCAACAGAUUCAAAUGUUUCAGUUAACCAGCAUUCAGGCUCAGAACAAGAAAAUGAUGAUGAAAACAUGGACAUUGAUCAUGAUGAUGGGCCAAUGAGGUUCAGGAUCCUGAAUGAAGUGUAUGAGGAUUCUGUAGAAGUGGAUUUGGCUUCAGAUACAGAAGUUGAAAUUAAUGCUCUACUAGCUACUAUGGAAGAACCUACAUGUUAUCAGGAAGCAGCUGUGGUGAAGCUGGUAGAGAUGAGGCACCUACUCGGUGUCAGGGAGCUUGAGGGUCAUCAAGCUUAA